GGAGGGGAGGGAGGAGUCCGGAUCGUGGAGGAUAAAAGUAAAGGUGGAGGUGCGCGGAGGAUUCUGCUGCAGAGUUUGAGGUUAAGAGCUCGACAUGGCGAACUGGAUUAUCAACAAUGGACUUACAGCUUUCAUACUGGUGGUCUGGAUGGCGAUCAACAUCUUCCUUUUCCUUUGGUUUUACUUCUUCUACGAUUUGGGGGACGAGUACAUCUACACGCGUCAUCUUUUAGGGUCCGCCUUGGCCUGGGCCAGAGCUCCUGCAGCGGUCCUCAACUUCAACUGCAUGCUGAUCCUCCUCCCGGUGUGCAGGAACCUGCUGUCGCUCAUCCGAGGCUCCUUCAUGUGUUGUGGGAGAACAAUGAGGAAGCAACUGGACAAGAACAUAAGCUUCCACAAGCUGGUGGCGUACAUGAUCGCGCUAAUGACAGCCGUUCACAUGAUCGCCCAUCUGAUCAACGUGGAGUGGUACAACAACAGCAGGCGAGGAAGUUAUGAUGAACUCAGCACGGCUCUGUCCAACCUGGAAGACGACAACGGCGACGACGACGACGACAACGCCACCACCUACCUGAACCCCAUCCGCACCACAGACAUUAAUGCACAGCAGACCCCGACGUACUUUGUCUUCACCUCCAUCGCUGGCCUCACCGGCGUCAUCAUCACUCUGGCUCUCAUCCUCAUCAUCACCUCCUCCAUGGAGGUCAUCAGACGCAGCUACUUUGAGGUUUUCUGGUACACCCACCACCUCUUCGUGGUCUUCUUCAUUGGUCUGGUGAUUCACGGAACGGGAUACAUUGUAAGGAAGCAAUGGAACAUGGAGCUACAUAACGUGACGUUUUGUAGAGGCCGAAGUAGCGAUUGGGGACGGAUUCCCCAGUGUCCCGUCCCUCAGUUUAAAGGAGGGCCGGCACAGACCUGGUGGUGGGUGAUCGGACCCAUGGUCCUGUACAUCUUCGAACGCGUGCUGCGUUUCAUUCGUUACACCCAGGCUGUAACGUACAGGAAGAUUGUGCUGCAUCCCUCCAAGGUGCUGGAGCUGCAGCUGAUAAAGAACGGCUUCAAGAUGGAGGUGGGCCAGUACGUCUUCCUCAACUGCCCGCAAAUCUCCCAGCUGGAGUGGCACCCGUUCACCAUGACCUCCGCCCCCGAGGAGGACUUCUUCGCUGUGCACAUCCGCUCGGCCGGGGACUGGACCGAUAAACUCAUCGACAUCAUGCAGACGCUUCCGGAGGGAGCACAGGGACCCAAAAUGGGGGUGGACGGACCAUUCGGUACCGCCAGCGAGGACGUUUUCGACUACGAGGUCAGCAUGCUGGUUGGCGCCGGCAUCGGGGUCACGCCCUUCGCCUCCAUCCUCAAGUCGAUCUGGUACAAGUUCAAAAUCUCCAACCCUAAUCUGCGCACCAGAAAGAUCUACUUCUAUUGGAUCUGCCGGGAAACCCACGCCUUCGAAUGGUUCGCCGACCUCCUGCAGGGGCUGGAGAAAGAGAUGGAGGAGAGGGGCAUGGCGGAUUUCCUCACCUACAAACUCUAUCUGACCGGAUGGGAUCAAGGCCAUGCUAAUCACGCCCGGAUCCACUCGGACAAGGACACCGACGUGGUGACCGGCCUCAAACAGAAAACCAACUACGGCAGACCCGCCUGGGACAAGGAGUUCGAGCAAGUCCGCAAAGAAAACCCCACGUCGGUGGUGGGAACGUUCUUGUGUGGCCCGGCGGUUCUGGCAAAGAUCUUGGGGAAAAAAUGUGCCAAAUACUCAGACGUGGAUCCCCGGAAGACCAGAUUUUACUUCAACAAGGAGAACUUCUGAGUAGAAAAAAACAAACCGGAAGCAGCAUUUGGGCAUUUAAGGGAAAGGUUCUGUAUUAUUUGAAGAAAAUAAAUGACAAAAGCUUCCCGGCAACCUGUCGUUACAGCUGGGCGUGUUUUAGACGCCGGGAAAGAAGUUUAUCUACAAUGCUCAGGGCCACUUUAUUCUUUUCAUCCAUGACAAAUGGGGAGUUUCCACUUUGAGUCAUUGUUUAUACGGUUUAACACACACAAGCUCAUUGCAGCACACAACACACUGAAUGUGUUUUACUGUUACAACGUGGCAAGACCUCAAAUAUUUAGUCUUCAUACCAUAUUUAACACUUCAUGUAAUUGUUCCUUUGCUACUACAGCAGCUCGAUCACAUAAUCUUGCUUUUAUCAGUCAGAAAAAAAGUUGACACAUUAGUUUCUCAGGUCCCACGUCAAUGAUUUCUCAUUUGAUCUUACCAAGAGAAUCAAAAAUAAAGUUUACCUUUGGGUACAAAGAAACUAAUUGUAAUCAAAAUUGUAGAUGGACUAACUGCCCAGAAUCAUAUUUUCUUUCACGAGACAGCUUGUUUGUAAAUACUGUAAAUACGUGUUUAUCACAACUCUGCUUUCACUGGAAUUUCCGCAUUAGCGACAGAACGAGGAAGACUUCCUGUAGGUUAGUCGUCUCGCACAAGUGGAACUUAUUGUGUUUCUUGUAUACAAAUAAAGUUUUGAAAUAAAUGAA